AUGGUAUCGACUCAGCUCGGUCACCGGGGCGCCAGGGUCUUCGGCGUAGAAGCAGUGGUGUUCCCGGUGUCGAACCCGUACGCCCCCGGAGUGCCGGUUCGCACGUUCCAUGACCCUUCGGCGAGGCGUUCCACCGCGCGAGGCGUUUUGGUCAACCCGGCGGAGGGGGAUGUCGACCAGCGGGGGUCGUCCGGGAUAAGCGCGGCGGGACUGCCGUCGUACACGUCGAGCCUUCUGCCGAUACGGUUCACGAAUGAAGAAGUGCAGCUGAACGAGGGCUGUCUGUUUCGGGUGCACAUCGACGCGGACUGGGUGGAGACCGACGUCAUCGCCAUCGAGUUCCGCCUGCUGACCACCCCGCUGCCGGAGAACGACGCCGCCCCUACGGAGGAUGUCAUCGCCGCCGCGGGGGCCACCGUUACUCCCGAAAAGAAACCGAUCACACUCAAAGAGGUGGGAAAGGUUACGCUACACACAAAGUGCGCCUCCUCGAAAGGUGGCCUUCACCGGUACCACCCCCUCGUCUUCAAGCAGCCGCACCUGUGCGUGGUUGACAUCACGCUGCACAUGGCGCUCACCUCCGUCAACCACCCGGGGGGGCCCGCGGGUCUCGCCGCGGCCAUCGCCG